UACAUGAUCGUUGGUGUUUAUUUAGAUUACAUUCUCUAAAUGUCUUUAUAGAUUUUACAUUUAUUAUGUAUUAUAUGAGUGAACGUAAAACCAAAUAGUAAAUGAUUCUUAUACGGUCACACUAAACCCUAAAAAAAUAAAACUCUCGUUUUCUUACUUGCAUUUUCAAAGUGUUUGGAAUUACAGAGAUAUACUAAUGUUCUACUUUUUUGCUUCGUUUUUGAUAUAAUUUUGAAGAGGUAACACCUACAAAGAUUUUAAAAUUCAUGAACCUGAACUACCUAACAAGAGCACAUAUAGCCAGCAAAUUACAGAAGUACAGAAAGUUUUUGAAAAAAGUUAAGGGUGAGAGCGUAGAAAAGACAAGAAGAGUUAUGAUCUCCAACAUUCAAUCAUCAAGCUACAUCAACCCACAACGCUCUUACAACUACAAGACAAGCCUAGGCAACAACAAUAUUUUCAAUUCCCAACGUGGCUAUGGUCUUGGUCAAUCUAGCCACACGAUGAACAACAAUGCUGGUUUUCAUGGCUCUGUCCACUGCAUGAACCGUACACCCACCUACAAUUCUCAAACUGGAUCCAAAUUUUUGCCUAGGAGAGGCAGCCUUGGGGUUUCAAGUGGAAUGUUUGCUUUAAAAGAGGAAAUGGGAAGCAUGUCCGGAACAUCUCAAGAGUAUCAAGCUCAUAAGUUUGGACAAUAUGGUACAACAAGUGGAGCUUUGGGUAUGAAAUCUAAUCUUAAUACUGGAACAACGGGUAGUAAUUACGCUGGGCACAGAAUAGAUGAAAAGGGGGAUGUGUUUGGACCUGGUGGAAUAAGAGUUAAUGUCAAUGAGAAUGCGUCUCUUGGUAGAAUGAGAGUUACUGGUAAUGGUAAUGGUUCUCUUGGUGGGAUAAGAAUUCAUGCUACUGGUAAUGGUUGUUUUGGUGGAACAAGAGUUCAAGGUAAUAGUAAUGGUUUUCUUGGUGAAAUAAAAGUCCAUGGUAUUGGUAAUGGCUCUUUAGGUGGAACAGAAGUUCGAGGUAAUGAUAAUGGCUUUCUGAAUGAAAGAAGAGUCCGUGGUACUGGUAAUGGCUCUCUAGGUGGAACAAGAAUUCAAGGUAAUGAUAAUGGAUUUCUUGAUGAAAUACGAGUCCAUGGUAAUCAUAAUGGUUCUUUUGGUGAGAUAAGAGUUCACGGUAAUGACUCUUUUGGUGGACUAAGAGUUAAUAGUACCGAUAAUGGUAAUGGCUGUCUUGAUGGAGUUAUGAUUCAUGGUAAUAUCAAUGCUAAUGGCUCCCUUGGUGGAAUGAGAGUUCAUACUGGUAAUGGUAAUGCAUCUCUUGAUGAAAAUUUGAGUAGCAUGAACUGGAACUUCAAUAACAACAACAUGAGUAACCAUGGAAGUUCAACUUCAAGGUUUCCUUCUGCAUUGUCAUCGUUCUUUGACAAUAAGGAUCAGUCACAAAACUACCUGAAUGCUCAGACUGGUGGUGUGGUUCCUGUUCUACAGAAUCCUAGAAGACCUAAUAAUCAUCAUGGCAUCAACGAUUUUUUUCGCGAUACAGUUAACUCGCAGUUUGAUCAUAAUCAGCAGCAAGGUAAAGUGACUGGUGAAAAUCCUGAGGUGCCUCCUGCUUAUCCUCUUGAAAACCUAAGUAACGGUAACUAUAAUGAAGAAACAUUGAACUCUGUUGCUAAUUCGGAAAUGUAUUUUCCUACUGAUCAGAAUAUGAUCAUUACAAAUAAGGAAUAUGGUGUUGAAGAUUUGAUGGAACUCCCAUUGUCGUUCGAUCAGGAUUAUGAGGAUGAAAACCUCCUGAAGUUUUUGCUCGAGCAUGACAUGAAUUAA